GCUCCCGCGGCUCUAGUCACAUACAAAGCCAAACGUCUUCCAUAACAGCGAGGGCUGCAGACUUCUUUACCCGGGCACCAUCGCGCUUAAUAUGGAUUUACUGUGGGUGUAACAUCGCUGGAGACCAAGCCUUCUCGGCUGGGGUGACGGCAGGACAUUAAGCAGCAUAAAUAACAACAGUGUUUUUCCUUUUUGUUAGAGCUUUGCUUUGUCUUGUCCACCAACCCAUCACUGCCGUUGAAAGUGCACGACAUUCGGCUAGUGUGGCUCGGCUUAGCUGCCGUCCGCCGUCGAGAUGCAUCACCAUGUUGUCACCGACAAGUAGCUACUAGGAUUGCAAGGGAGGAAAAAAGCUUGAAAGCACCCCCCACACUUUCAACCCGAGGACCCCAGCGGGUCGUCACGGAGAUCCGAGUCCGUGUGAGAGGCCACUGUUGUCGGCGAUAUGGCGGAGCAAGGCUACUCAUCCUGGGCGUACUCUUUAGUCGACUCCAGCCAGGUGUCCACCUUCCUCAUCUCCAUCCUUCUCAUCGUCUAUGGCAGCUUCAGGUCAUUAAACAUGGAUUGUGAGAACCAAGAGAAGGACAAAGAUGGCAACACCACAACAGGUUCCUUCAACAACAGCAACACCAAUAACAGUAUCCAGACUAUAGAUUCGACACAGGCGCUCUUCUUACCCAUAGGCGCCUCUGUGUCUCUGCUAGUCAUGUUCUUCUUCUUUGACUCAGUCCAGGUGGUCUUCACCAUCUGCACAGCAGUGCUCGCUACAAUUGCUUUUGCUUUCCUCUUGUUGCCAAUGUGCCAGUAUCUGACCAGACCCUGCUCCCCACAGAACAAGAUUUCAUUUGGCUGCUGUGGCCGCUUCACUCUGGCCGAGCUCCUGUCCUUCUCCCUCUCCGUCAUGUUGGUGCUCAUCUGGGUGCUGACUGGACACUGGCUGCUCAUGGACGCGUUAGCCAUGGGGCUGUGCGUGGCGAUGAUAGCCUUUGUGCGGCUCCCCAGUCUGAAGGUGUCGUGCCUGCUGCUGUCAGGGUUGCUCAUUUAUGACGUGUUCUGGGUUUUCUUCUCAGCCUACAUCUUCAAUAGCAACGUGAUGGUCAAAGUCGCCACGCAGCCUGCUGAGAAUCCCAUUGACGUCUUGUCCAGGAAACUGCACCUAGGGCCAGGGAUGGGCCGCGACGUCCCACGCCUCUCCUUACCCGGAAAACUGGUCUUUCCCAGCUCCACAGGAAGUCACUUCUCCAUGCUGGGAAUUGGAGACAUCGUGAUGCCCGGGUUGCUCCUAUGCUUCGUCCUGCGCUACGACAACUACAAGAAGCAAGCGACCGGCGAGGGCACAGGGCUCGGGAACAUGUCGGGCCGCAUGCAGCGAGUCUCCUAUUUCCACUGUACUCUCAUCGGAUACUUUGUGGGUCUGCUGACGGCCACUGUGGCUUCCAGGAUCCAUCGCGCUGCUCAGCCUGCUCUGCUUUACCUGGUGCCCUUCACCCUGCUGCCUCUGCUCACCAUGGCCUACCUGAAGGGGGAUUUGCGGCGCAUGUGGUCCGAGCCCUUCCACGCCAAGCCCAGUUCCCGCUUCCUGGAGGUAUGAUGCACCCGACCAGUAAGCGGCCAGCACACCGGGGGAAGGGGUAGGGUUAGAGGACAGCGAACCCCAACCACCACGCACCACGUCCAUGGAUGAGCGGGGAGGGGGAGUAUUAAACAGGGGGCGCACCCUCACAGUGAGGCCAUGUCGUCAUCACUCGUUCAUGCUUUCCGCCAGACAAGGACACCAGUGUGUGUGUGUGUGUGUGUGGAUGCCCCCGUUUUUUUUUAAUCUCUGCAUUAUUGCCACCCCCUCCUCAUCUAGAUGAGAUCACACGACCCCCGACCCCCUCUUCCUUUGUGGACUUGCAGUUGUGAGAGGGUGUCAUUUUUUUUAGCAUUGUUGUGAUCUUUACUCUUGACAACUCUUGACAUCAUUUAUUGUUAUUAUAUUUUUAUUAUUAUUAUUUUGGACUGAUGUAAACAAGCUUGCCAUGGAAAUGGGAGGGGCCACCCCUAACACACGCAUACACACACCUCAUCUCAUUUCCAUGACUCCCUCCUCUCCAAACAAUGUAUUUUAUUUAGAAAGGUUUUAUUCUCUCUGCUUAUACAGAAAUGAUGCAUUAUUAAGACCCCCCCCACCCCCAUUUCUCCCCUCACACAUUGGGGGGGGGGACGCUUCUAUUUGUAUAUAUGUGUACACAUGUAUUUGCAAUAUAUUGAGUUUGUAUUUGUGUUUUGAGAGCAUGAUGAACAGGUGGUGAAAACUUAACUAGCCAGUGGACCUCUGAAUUGUCGGUUUGUGUCGUAGAAACACAGCUUUGUUUUUUUUUUUUAUGGGGAGGAAAAUAAUCCAUUGUCAGCGGUCGCUUGAUGGCAGAGUUAAGUUUCCUGCUCCUGUGAUAAAAUGUGUGAAUGACUGAAUGAGAGAUGUGUUUUAUUUGUUUUUUUAAUUUGGAAUGACUGCGACAAUAGUCAGGUUUGCAUCAAUGUGGGCUGACUCUAAAAGUUGAUUGUGUGUAUGUGUGUGUGUGUGUGUGUGUGUAAACUUGUGUAUAAUAUGUGCUAAGUCAUUUUCAAAUAGGCGGGGACAGACAGGUGGAAAUGUAAACAGUGUUUUUUUUUUAAUUAUAUUUUCUGUUUUUUUUUUGUUUUUUUUUCCAAAUAAA